AUGAGAUCACGAAAUCCUGCGAAUAACUCAAACAAUCCACUCAGUAACUCGAACAACCGACUCAGUAACUCGAACAAUCAACUCAGUAACUCGAACAAUCAACUCAGUAACUCAAACAAUCCACUCAGUAACUCAAACAAUCAACUCAGUAACUCGAACAAUCAACUCAGUAACUCAAACAAUCAACUCAGUAACUCGAACAAUCAACUCAGUAACUCAAACAAUCCACUCAGUAACUUAAACAAUCAACUCAGUAACUCGAACAAUCAACUCAGUAACUCAAACAAUCAACUCAGUAACUCAAACAAUCCACUCAGUAACUCAAACAACCGACUCAGUAACUCGAACAAUCAACUCAGUAACUUAAACAAUCAACUCAGUAACUCAAACAAUCAACUCAGUAACUCAAACAAUCCACUCAAACUCAAACAAUCCACUCAGAACUCAAAUAAUCCACUCAGAACACAAACAAUGAACUCAGUAACUCGAACAAUCAACACAGUAACUCAAACAAUCAACUCAGUAACUCAAACAAUCAACUCAGUAACUCAAACAAUCAACACAGUAACUCAAACAAUCAACUCAGUAACUCAAACAAUCAACACAGUAACUCAAACAAUCAACUCAGUAACUCCAACAAUCGACUCGAACUUUACAGUUACUUAG